AUGAAUGUUCUUGAUCGAACUGUGUUCGAUUUUCCAUUGACAUGGAAUCGAACUCGAUUUGUAGCAACACGUAAUAAAUGUCGAUCUGCUCGUAAACUUAUUGAAAUUAGUAUCAAUGUACAAUUUGAAAAACAAUUGAGAAGUGGAUUUUCUCAUAAUAUUGAAAUUGAAGAAAAUAUAAAUGAUAUCAAUCAACGUUUAUUAAAAUAUCAUGAUAAAUUACGUGUACUUGAUAAUAUGAUUGAAUUAGCUUCACAAUCACUUCGAACUUAUUUUGAUAAAAGGAUGGAAAAUUUACGUGCCAUUGUUAAAGAACAUUGUAAUAUGAUACAACAAAUCAUCCAUGAAGAAUCUGAACAUUGGAAAGAAAUUCAUUCUGUAUUGAAUCAAAAUUUACUGAAUCCUGGUGAUAUUCGUUCGCGUAAUAAUUAUCCUCGAGUAGUACAAAAAAGUCCAGCAUCAAACAUUGACACAAUUGAAGAAGAAGAUGAUGAUGAAGAACAUGUAUCAAAAUUAUUGAAUGGUAAAACAUUAACACCAUUACUUACACAAAUGAUUCGAAGAUCUCGAAUAGAAUCAAAACGUCUCACAAUAGUUCCAUCUAUAAAAGUUCAAAUUCCUAGUGAUCAAGAAACUUCCAUAUUAAGAAAAGAUGGACGAUUUAGUAUUCAUAUAUUACCACUUAGUACAGUUCGUCAACCUUUAGAAUUUGUAGACACAACAUUUGUUAUUAAACCUGAAGAAACUAUGAUUGGUGGUGAAAUACAGCACGACGAAUAUUAUGAUGAACCGAAUGGAAGUUAUCGAGCUCCUAAUCAACAGUAUCAUUCAUAUUUAGCUGUAACACAACCUGACACAUUAUUGAUAGAUUCUCAACCAAAUAUACCACCACGACUUUGUUUUACUCCAACAAUUCUUUAUGAUGCAACUGUUUCACAUGAAGAUGAUGUUAAUGAACAAUCAUCAUCACUUACUCAUAAGAAAAAUAAAACAACAAUAAAUACAAUUUUUUCUUCAAUUGACCAAAAUCAAACGAAUAUUAAAAAAGUCAUAGAAAAUACUCAUCAUUUUGGUCAAACAUUUUUGCUUGAUAUCAUUAAAACAGAACAAAUUAGUGAUGAUCACAAUAGAUAUAAACGACCAACUAUUUCAGAUGAUGAUGUAUUAAUUAUUGCUGACAUUAAUCCAUCUGUAAUAUCAUCAGAACAUAUAUCUCAGACAACAAAUGAUAAUCUUGCUUCUAAGUUAAAUCCUCAAAUUCAACAAGAAUCGAUUACUGUUCAAGAAACAGUACUAGUAAAACCUCGAAAACGUACAACAACUAAAAUUAAAUCCAAACCGGUGAUUGUUAGCGCAAGAAAGACUCGAAGUGCUGCAAAAGUUAUUGCUGAAGGAGAAGCAGCAGCAGCAGCAGCAGCAAGAGCUUUACUAGAAAAACCAAUUGAAAAAAAACGAAAGACUCGAAAACGUAAACAAUCAAAAUCAGUUGAUCGUCUAGCAGAAACAUCUGAUGAUGAAAAUGCAACUGCACAAUCAAAUUUUAUUCAAAUUAUUACCAACAAAAGAAAAAUAAAAAAACAUAAAAAAUCCACGAUGGAUUAUCAUUCACAUGACACCAUCAAUAAUGACGAUAAUAAUAAUAAUAAUAAUGAUAAUUUAUCAACUAAUAAUAAACGAAAAACUCAAAGAAGAAGUAAAUCAAAAAGACACGAUUAUGAAGCAGAAAUAUUAAAUGAUAAUGAAUAUAAUAAAAGAAAAACUAGAAAAUUUAAAAAAUCAAAAAUAGAUUAUGAUUCACAUGAAACAUCCGAUGAUAAUGACAAUAAUGAUAAUUUAACAAUUAAUAAUAAACGAAGAACAAAAAGACGAAAUAAAUCAAAAAAACAUAAUUAUGAAGAGGAAAUGUUAAAUGAUAAUCAAAAUAAUAAAAGAAAAACUAAAAAAUAUAAAAAGUCAAAAAUAGAUUAUCAUUCAUAUGAAACAUCCGACGAUGAUAAUAAUAAUGAUAAUUUAUCAAAUGAUUAUCAACGAAAAACACAAAGACACGAUCAUGAAGAAGAAAUAUUAAAUAACAAUGAAAAUAAUAAAAGAAAAACUAAAAAAUCCAAAGAAAAAGAAAUUACAGAUAAUGAACACGAACUAAUAACAAGUCAUACUAAAAGUAAAAAAUCUAAACUAUCAACAAUUAAUAAUGAAGAAAAAAAACGAAAACAAAAAAUUAAAAAAACAAAAAUAGAUGUUGAAGAACAAGCACCAAAAUAUAAAUGCACUCGGCUUUCUCCAAAAUUUAUUCCGAUUAAUACCAAUGUUAAUCUCAAUGAAUGUAAUACUUGUCGUAGAUCAGAAAAUAGUGAUCGGAUGAAAUUAAUGGAAUUUUCAAAUCAAAUAGCUGCUCUUACGAUUGAAGAAACCAAACUGAAAAGUCUUCAUCGAGGUUUAGAAAUGCGUAUAAAACGAUUUUUACAUCGUACACAUAAUUCAAUUCGUAUACAAGAAAAACUACUCAAUAUAGAAAAACGUUCAAAAAAAGAAUUACUUAUACGUAAGAAUUUGAUUACUCAUGAAAAACCAUCAAAAGAAUAUAAAAAAUUAUGGAAUAAUGUAAAAAAGAUUGAAGAAGAUAAUAUAAAUCUUGAAAAAAAUAUUCGUUCUCUUUGUAAUAAGAUAAAACAAUUCGAAAAAGAUUCACAACAAAAUACAGAAACAUAUAGUAAUCAAUAUGAUAUUGUACAAAAUAAUAAUAAAACAAAAUUAAUACAAGCAGAAAAUCAAUUACAUCGUAUGAACCUUGAAUUAAGCAAAAUUUGUGCAAAUAAUGCUGAAUUACGUACUGAUAUUAAACGCAUGUUAGAUAAACGUCGUGAAAUGAUUGAAGAAUAUAAUCGACUUCGUAUUGCGAUGCAAAAUGCAACUGAUGAAUCGCGUCAAUUGACGUCUGAAUGUUCAGAAAGUUUUGCAAAUCGACGAAAUAUGGUUGCACGUAUGCGAGCUAUACGUGAUCAGCAUGAACGUGAUGAAAAGAAACUAUUAGAUGAUAUUCGUGAACUUGAUCGAUUAUCAGAAAGUAAUUAUGCAUCGAAAAAUUUUAUUAUAAAAAAAUCCAACAUACGACAAGAACAAAUUCGAUUGAAUGAGCUUUUUGCUGGCAAACGUUCGAAAGGAGUGAAAAGUGCAUAUACAGCUGAUGAAUUUCGUCGUUUAUUUCGUAUUGGUUUUAAUCAAGAUUUUUUUAAAGAAAAAGUACUUAAUCGAACUGUUGAAACAUUUCUUGAUGAACAAGAACAAGUAUUUACACUUUUUGAAUAUGCUGUAGAAUUAAUCAACGAGCUUGAUCGUCUUCAUCAAGAUCUUGAUAAUAAACGAAAAUAUAUUUCAAAUAUUUUUUCAAAUGAUAAUAUCGAUUCAUUUGUUAUCAAAGAUGUAUUCGCAACACUUGAAUAUUCUGUUAAUAAAGCUAAUAUGAAUGUUCAAUCACUUAAAAUAGCUAAAAAAAAUCUGCGUGAAAUAUUAAAUACUGCUUAUCAAUUAAUUUAUAAUUUAUUUCUUGAACUUAAUUGUGAUCGAAAUAUGAUUUUAUCAUCUGAUGAAUUAAUUAAUGAUCGAAAUAUUAUUUUUUAUUUAGCUACUAUUGAAAGUCGUGUUCAACAAUUACUAUUUACAAGAAAAAUAAAUCGAAAAGGUGGAGGAACGAAUGGUUAUACAGAUGAUACAACAAUAAGUUGGCGAAUAGAUCAUAGAGAUAUGGAUCAAUCUUAUAAUUAA